AUGGCUCAAAACUAUCAAGAUGCUAUGGCAGUUAUUGGUAAGUUUAGAAAACCUGAUUUUUUUCUGACUUUUACGUGCAAUCCAAAAUGGCGUGAAAUUACAGAAAAUUUGUUUGCAGGCCAACGUGCACACGAUCGGCCUGAUUUAGUUUCUCGAGUUUUUAAAUUGAAACUAAAUGAACUCCUUAAAGAUGUUACUGAAAUGGGAGUUAUAGGUAAGACUAUAGCACAUGUGUAUGUUAUAGAAUUUCAAAAGAGGGGUUUGCCUCAUUGUCAUUUGUUAAUUCAUUUAGAUCCCAAUGACAAACUUAGGGAUGCAGAUGACAUAGACAGUGUUAUUUCAGCAGAAAUUCCUAAUCAACAGGAACACCCUGAGCUGUUUGAAAUUGUACGAUCGUGUAUGAUUCAUGGACCAUGUGGACAUCUGAAUCCUAAUUCCAGAUGUAUGGAAGAUGGUGUUUGCACAAAAAGUUGUCCAAAGAACUUUUUAGCAUCUACGGUAGCUGAAGUCAACGGAUAUCCAUUAUAUAGACGUCGUGAUAAUGGUAUACAUAUCAAUGUCAAUAACGUUGACGUAGAUAAUCGCUGGAUUGUUCCAUAUAAUCCAUGGCUUUCCAAGAAAUACAAUGCACAUAUAAACUUGGAGGCGUGCAUGUCUGUUAAAUCUGUUAAAUACCUCUAUAAAUAUAUUUAUAAAGGUCAUGAUUGUGCCAACAUUGAGAUCAAUAAACGUAUUGAUCAUGAUGAGGUGCAGACAUUUUUAGAUGCACGGUAUGUCAGUGCACCAGAAGCCAUAUGGCGUCUUUUUGAAUUUACCAUGCACCAACAAUCUCAUGUUGUCCAUAGAUUGCAAGUGCACUUGCCAAAAAACCAUAUUGUUUAUUUUCAGCAAGGACAGGCUGAAGAGGCUCUGGACAGAGCUGCAGAUCAGGCUACAAAAUUAACAGCUUGGUUUGUGUUAAAUGCAGAGAAUCAUGAUGCUCGCCAAUAUAUGUAUCCAGACAUUCCUCUUUAUUUUGUUUUUAAUAAGAACAAAGUUUGGAAACCAAGACAACGCGGUCAUGGUAAAAUUGUGUCCAGAAUGUAUAGUGUGAGUCCUCGCGCAGGUGAGCUUUUUUAUUUACGUAUGUUGCUAUUGCAUACACCUGGUGCAACUUCUUUUGAAGAUUUACGAACUGUCAAUGGCAAUGUUGCUGAAACAUUUCGUGACGCCUGUUUAUUGCGUGGUCUCCUGCAAGAUGAUACUGAAUGGAACAAUACUUUGCAGGAAGCUGUUAACUUUCAGAUGCCUCGACAAUUAAGGCAACUGUUUGCUGUGAUACUUACUCACUGCGAACCUUCUGAUCCUUUUACUUUGUGGACAAGGUACAAGGAUGCAAUGUAUGAAGAUUAUAUUCGCCAAAUGAAUGAGGAACAUGCUGAGUACAGGCUGCUUCAAGAUAUUAAUUCUGUACUUAGGCAAUUUGGUAAAUCUCUUACUGAUUAUAUUCUUCCUCAUUUAGAUGAAUUACCCCCAGCUGAAAACAUUGAUGUAGCUAUGGAGGCUGAAAGAGCUUCCCAACUAAGGGCUCAACUUACUGACGAACAGACUGCACUGGCUAAUGCAGUCAUAGAAGCUGUUGUAAAUGUUGCUAACAAUGCAGCCCAAAACAACCGUCUGUUUUAUUUAAUUUGUAAUAAUGAGCUUCCAUUUGGAGGUAAAGUUGUUAUUUUAGGUGGUAAUUUUUCACAGUUACUGCCUGUUGUCAGAAAAGGAAAAGCAACUGAAAUUGUGGACAUGUGUUUAAAAAGUUCUUGGGAAAGGUGUUUUACCUGUUCGGGAGCAAGAACCUUUCCAAGGCGCAAUUGA